UCCAGAUAUAGAGUUGUGCAGUGGUCACGUCUGCUUUAUUGUAGCUUGUGAUAAAGCCAAUACGUUAAAACGUGGCAUUUUUACAAAGGAAACUGUCCAUGCGAAGCUUAGCAUUACUGCUGUGCCCGUGUGUUGUCGCGGUAGUGGUGCACCUCUUGAUGGUUAUAAACAAAACCGCCUCGUUUCUGGACCUCCUGCCUACAGAGCUGGAGGUCAAACUUUACUGGGCUCCUACUGUAAACAAAGACCAACAGAUCCAGUCUUGUGAAGUUCUCGUGGGAGUACUUUCGGCUCGUCACAACUAUGACCUCAGAAACGCAAUAAGGAAUACCUGGCUUGGGCACCUGAAGCAGCAUCCUGAGUUGCAACAUCGCAUUCUUGUGAAGUUUAUUGUUGGCACAAAUGGCUGUGAUAUACCAGAGGAGGAUAGGGAGGACACAUAUUCAUGCAAGCUUCUCAAUCUCACUUACCCAGUGAUCGAGCAGGAAAUUGAGGCAGUGAGUUUACCUGACGAAAGUGCUUGCAUCCUUUCAGAGGCUUCUGUUGUCAGUGUUGAAUUUAAAGUCCUUCACACUAUAGUAAUCACCCGGCUUGGGGUAUUCCCAGAUGGAAAGGAUUUGGAUUUCAGAAGAAAUGUCACUGUCAGACUUUACCAGCUUGAGCAAGAGGAAGCUAUCAUUACUGCUCGGUUCAGCCCCAUAAGUUUUGGAGUCGCGAUCAAUGGACUGUGGUACAAACCUGUGGAGCAGUUCAUUUUGCCUAAGGGAUUCGAAGGCACACUUGUCUGGGAAAGCCUAGACUCUGAGGGCCUCAAUACAGCACAUGUCACUGGUGUUAAAUUUAACAGGGGAGGCGGUGUAUUGAGAAUUGCCACACUUAAAGAGGGUGUCUUACCACACCGAAGUACCCAGGGCGUUCCCGGACUGGCUGGAGGCUUUACAUACGCUAUAUACGAACCUGAGUCACUGUCUCAGAUGUUAAAAGGGCGUCCUGAGCGGAUGAGAAGUCACUCUGCUAUACUGAAGGAGGAGGACGCUUCACUUGAGGAGGAGAGCCGCACACAUCAGGACAUUGUUUUUGUUGACGUGGUCGACACCUACAGAAAUGUGCCUUCUAAACUACUGCGCUUUUAUGAGUGGUCUGUUAAAAAUACAGAUUUUGAUUUGUUGCUAAAAACUGACGACGACUGUUAUAUUAACAUGGAUGCUAUGAUAAAGAAGAUAAACCACAAAGGCUUGAAGAGAAGGAAUUUUUGGUGGGGAAAUUUCAGGCAGAGCUGGGCAGUGGACCGGACUGGGAAGUGGCAGGAGCUAGAGUAUGCAAGCCCUGCCUACCCAGCCUUUGCCUGUGGCUCAGGUUAUGUUGCUUCUAAAGACCUCAUACAGUGGCUGGCAAACAAUGGUGAAUACCUGAAGUCAUACCAGGGUGAAGAUGUCAGUAUGGGAAUUUGGAUGGCUGCUGUUGGCCCUCAUAAAUUUCAGGACAGUGGCUGGCUGUGUGAGAAGGAGUGCCAGCCAGACAUGCUUUCCUCCCCUCAGUACUCUGCAGAGGAGCUGGCUGAUCUGUGGAGCAGGAGAGUGUCCUGCAGGAAUCCGUGUGCUUGUCAGGAAGAUCAAGGCUGAGUUAGUGAGCCGAUCCUAUGGCAUCAUGAAUAAACAUGUCUCUUUAAAAUCCAUGGAUGAGAUGCACACCCCGGAAUGGAACGGUUUGAUCUGGCCUCUUUGUUAAAUUGAAUAGCUUGCUGCAGCUGCUGCUUGGCGGGGUAGUGUUUAAAGCAGUCCAAACUAGAUUUGUUUAGCGAUCUUCAUUAUGAAUUGAUACUAUGGGUAUGAUGAAUAAGGCCAGUGCCAAUAUUGAAGUUUGUUUUUGGCCUCUGGUUGGUGUGAUUAACCAAAGUUCUUUAAAACUUACCAUUGAAACAUUUCUAAAAUUUGAUACAAAGCUUUGUCCUUUUUUAAAAAAAAAAAAAAAAAAAAAAAAAGUUGAUGCAUGUCUACAGCUCCUUUUGUGUAGCAUUGUGGCUUAGGAGUUGAUGUGAUCAACCUAUAUAGCUUCAUUUUACAUAAUCUGUUGUACCUAGAUUGCAUCCACCACUUAUGUUGGGGUAAAUCCCAGGGUAACCACGGACAGGUGCUCAAUGCAAUCCAAGCCAGUUCCCCAGUCCAAAAUCCAGCUGUUGAUAUGAAAUAGGUUGAUAAAAUGAACUGCAUUAGUUUUAUGCUAUGAAGUCAAACCUAGAUGGAUUUCAGAAUGAGCCUUCAAAAUAUCCAUAGCCAGCAUUUUUAACACUGAUGUCUGCAAAUGAAGUGCACAUCCUUGAAAGUAUCAACUUCGGUUUCAUGGAGGACACCAUCAGAUAAUGUUAUUUUAUACAGUAAACCAGCCAAUUAAAAUGUAGAUAGUGAAGAGUAGGGGAUAAAUAAUAUUGCUAUUGAGAUUUACUUAAUGAUACAAUGAGUGAUGCAUUAAGAACUUUGUGUGUAUCUAAAGAAACAAUCAUGAAAAAUGUUAAAUAAAUUUUAUGUAUUUUGAUUUUGAAGAUUAACAAACAGAUGUCAAUUUGAAUAAAAUAAAGCUAUGCUACUAUGACAUUUAAUUUGAUUAUCUAAAACCUAGCGACUUUUCUAGAGGCUUCCAUUCUAGAGGUGCAUACUUGAUUAGUUUGUUCGUUUUCAGAAACGUAAUGAUCUCUAGAAUUAACAUUUUUGAAAACUGAAGUGCACUUUUUUGUAUCCUCCUUCAGUCACUGUGUAGAAUUGUAAACUGUCGCUUUUUGUUUCGGCUACUCAGUCAAGCGCUGGGAGUUGACCGCUUAGAGCCUGGAGGAAGGGCUUCCCUCAACCACGGAUUUCCUGGGGUUUCCCCCUAAAAAAAUUAAAAAUAGUGAGGUAGGAAGGUUUUUCCUUACCUGAAUGCUGAGCGGUUCGUAUUUAGCAGUUAUGCGGGGUGCGUGGUCGGGUUUGAGAUGCUGGGCUGUCUCCCUCGGUGCAGUCAUGCUCUCGGGGGUGGGCUGUGUCUCAGCUGCUGAUUUUCAUUAAAUUCAGUAUUUGGCGGUUAGGUGGCAGAGUGCCACCGUGGAGAGCGUUAAAUAUUUUUCAUUAUUCAGUCAUGGUUUGUCGGCCUCGUCAUUUCGGGGAGAGGUGGCUACAGCCACUUAUCUGCAGCACUGGGAUGCAUGUAUCUGUCCAGCCGGCCUCACGCAGGUAGCAGUCAGGCAAAUGUAUAUUUCACUAGGGCCCUGAGUGCCCUUCACAGUCAUAAAUCACCUGCAAUUGCAAUCGCUAUUCAUUUAAAUGGAUUCUCCGUGCUGAAUUUGUGAAAUCUAGUUUCUCAUCUAUUUGUGUUUUUUCAAAUUCAUGGUAGGAUAACUUCUCUCUCUCCCCAGUAGUCAUGAUUAUGCUUGUCAGGGGUUACUAUAGUCUUGAAAGACACAGUAAACCAAAGAUUUUGUUUUAUUUUUUUUAACAUGGUGUUUUUGUGAGUAGUAAAUGAAGGGCUCAGAACUGAAAGGUGUGUUUUUUGUUUUGCUUUUGCUUGUUUUUUUUUGCUUGCAGAAGAUGAUGCAAUAUAAAUCAUUUUUGUUUUGAAUUUCGUAACCCAAGUUAUGAGACUGACCUUGGGUUUUGAUUUUAUAUGGUGUGCAUCAGAUAAAUCAAACAAGCCACACUUUUUAUGUUGUCCUAAAAAUGCUUACUUUUUAUUAGAAUAAAACCAUAAUUUCAACCUCCGUCUUCGAAUUAUUUCGCAAAAUAAUUGGAAUAAAAUAAACACUUUCAUCUUUCAUUGAGAGAUAGAGGUAGAAGUGUUGAUUUUAUUCUAUUUUAAAAGUAUAGCUUGACUUGAAGAUCGCCAAAAUAUCACACAAAUUAAAACCAGCUGACAUUGUUUAAUUAAAAAUUAACAAACGGGUCAACUCUCGUUACCUUGAAUUUUAAAUAUCAAAUAAUAUAACCAUUUGGCAAACCUAAAGUACUUUUUCUGGUUCUUGGUUUUGAUGCAUCAGUAAAGAUUACACUAUGUAACACAAUUUUUGUUCCUGGGUAGUAAGUGUUAUUUCCUAAUUGCUUAUGCCUCAAAAG